AUGGUGUCUUACGGCUGCUGUUUGGUCCUCUUGGCCCUCGCCUGGUACUCCUCUGCCUAUGGGCCUGACCAGCGAGCCCAGAAGAAAGGAGACAUUAUCCUGGGUGGGCUCUUUCCUAUUCAUUUUGGAGUAGCAGCCAAAGAUCAAGAUCUAAAAUCAAGGCCAGAGUCAGUGGAAUGUAUCAGGUAUAAUUUCCGUGGGUUUCGAUGGUUACAAGCCAUGAUAUUUGCCAUAGAGGAGAUCAACAGCAGUCCGGCCCUUCUUCCUAACAUGACACUGGGAUACAGGAUAUUUGACACUUGCAACACUGUUUCAAAGGCUUUGGAGGCCACUCUGAGUUUUGUUGCCCAGAACAAAAUAGAUUCUUUGAACCUGGAUGAGUUCUGCAACUGCUCAGAACACAUCCCCUCCACUAUUGCUGUGGUGGGAGCGACCGGCUCUGGUGUCUCCACAGCAGUGGCCAAUCUACUGGGGCUCUUCUACAUCCCCCAGGUCAGCUAUGCCUCCUCCAGCAGACUCCUCAGCAACAAGAAUCAGUUCAAGUCCUUCCUCCGUACCAUCCCCAACGAUGAGCACCAGGCCACGGCCAUGGCGGACAUUAUCGAGUAUUUCCGCUGGAACUGGGUAGGCACAAUCGCGGCUGAUGACGACUACGGCCGGCCAGGCAUUGAGAAGUUCCGAGAGGAAGCUGAGGAGAGGGACAUCUGCAUCGACUUCAGCGAACUCAUCUCCCAGUACUCUGAUGAGGAGGAGAUCCAGCACGUGGUGGAGGUGAUCCAGAAUUCCACAGCCAAGGUCAUCGUCGUUUUCUCCAGCGGCCCUGACCUGGAGCCCCUCAUCAAGGAGAUUGUCCGGCGCAACAUCACGGGCAAGAUCUGGCUGGCUAGCGAGGCAUGGGCCAGCUCCUCCCUGAUUGCCAUGCCUCAGUACUUCCAUGUGGUGGGAGGCACUAUUGGGUUUGCUCUCAAGGCUGGGAAGAUUCCAGGGUUCCGGGAAUUCCUGCAGAAAGUCCAUCCCAGGAAAUCUGUCCACAAUGGUUUUGCCAAGGAGUUUUGGGAAGAAACAUUUAACUGCCACCUCCAAGAAGGUGCUAAAGGACCUUUACCUAUGGACACCUUCCUGAGAGGUCAUGAAGAAGUUGGCAUCAAAUUCAGCAAUAGCUCCACUGCCUUCCGGCCUCUCUGUACAGGGGAGGAGAACAUCAGCAGUGUUGAGACGCCUUACAUGGAUUACACACAUCUACGAAUAUCCUACAAUGUGUACUUAGCGGUCUACUCCAUUGCGCAUGCCCUGCAGGACAUAUAUACCUGCUUACCUGGGAGAGGGCUCUUCACCAAUAGCUCCUGUGCAGACAUCAAGAAGGUGGAGGCAUGGCAGGUCCUGAAGCACCUUCGGCAUCUAAACUUCACCAACAACAUGGGGGAACAAGUCACUUUUGAUGAGUGUGGAGACCUGGUGGGGAACUACUCCAUCAUCAACUGGCACCUCUCCCCAGAGGACGGCUCCAUCAUGUUUAAGGAAAUUGGGAAUUAUAACGUCUAUGCGAAGAAGGGCGAGAGACUCUUCAUCAAUGAGAAUAAGAUCCUAUGGAAUGGCUUCUCCAGGGAGGCCACUCACUCUGUGCACUCUGUCCUCCAGGUCCCCUUCUCCAACUGCAGCCGUGACUGCCUGGCAGGGACCAGGAAAGGGAUCAUUGAAGGGGAGCCCACUUGCUGCUUUGAGUGUGUGGAGUGUCCCGAUGGGGAGUACAGCGAUGAGACAGAUGCAAGUGCCUGUGACAAGUGCCCGGAUGAUUUCUGGUCAAAUGAGAACCACACUUCCUGCAUCGCCAAGGAGAUCGAGUUUCUGGAGUGGACAGAGCCCUUUGGGAUCGCGCUCACCCUCUUCGCCGUGCUGGGCAUCUUCCUGACAGCAUUUGUGCUGGGUGUCUUCAUCAAAUUCCGCAACACCCCCAUUGUCAAGGCCACCAAUCGAGAGCUCUCCUACCUCCUCCUCUUCUCCCUUCUCUGCUGCUUCUCCAGCUCACUGUUCUUCAUCGGAGAACCCCAGGACUGGACGUGCCGCCUGCGCCAGCCGGCCUUUGGCAUCAGCUUCGUGCUCUGCAUCUCCUGCAUUCUGGUGAAGACCAACCGUGUCCUGCUGGUGUUCGAGGCCAAGAUCCCCACCAGCUUCCACCGCAAGUGGUGGGGGCUCAACCUGCAGUUCCUGCUGGUCUUCCUGUGCACCUUCAUGCAGAUCGUCAUCUGUGCCAUCUGGCUCUACACCGCACCCCCGUCCAGCUACCGCAACCACGAGCUGGAGGAUGAGAUCAUCUUCAUCACGUGCCACGAGGGCUCGCUUAUGGCCCUGGGCUUUCUGAUCGGCUACACCUGCCUGCUGGCUGCCAUCUGCUUCUUCUUUGCCUUCAAGUCCCGGAAGCUGCCAGAGAACUUCAACGAAGCCAAGUUCAUCACCUUCAGCAUGCUCAUCUUCUUCAUUGUCUGGAUCUCCUUCAUCCCUGCCUACGCCAGUACCUACGGCAAGUUUGUCUCGGCCGUGGAGGUGAUCGCCAUUCUGGCAGCCAGCUUUGGUCUGCUGGCCUGCAUCUUCUUCAAUAAGGUCUACAUCAUCCUCUUCAAGCCCUCCCGGAACACCAUCGAGGAGGUGCGCUGCAGCACCGCUGCUCACGCUUUCAAAGUGGCCGCCCGUGCCACUCUGCGCCGCAGCAAUGUCUCGCGCAAGCGGUCCAGCAGCCUCGGGGGCUCCACAGGAUCCAUCCCCUCCUCCUCCAUCAGCAGUAAGAGCAACAGCGAAGACCCCUUUCCGCAGCCCGAGAGGCAGAAGCAGCAGCAUCCACUGGCCCUAACUGGGCAAGAGCAGCAGCAGCAGCAGCAGCAGCAGCAGCCCAUGCCCCUCCAGCCGCAGCAGCCUCAGCCAUCACAACCGCAGCCCCGAUGCAAGCAGAAGGUCAUUUUCGGCAGUGGCACAGUCACCUUCUCCCUGAGCUUUGAUGAGCCACAGAAGAAUGCCAUGGUCCACAGAAAUGCCACCCAUCAGAACUCCUUGGAGACCCAGAAGAGCAAUGACAGCCUGACCAAACACCAGGCUCUGCUCCCGCUGCAGUGCAGGGACACGGACUCAGACCUGAGCACCCAGGAUACAGGCCUGCAAGGGCUGGGGGCGGGUGACCACCAGCCAGAGAUGGAAGCCCCGGAAGAGAUGGCACAGGCAUUUGUCGUGUCCAAGUCACAGGGAUUUGUCAUCAGUGGGUGAGGUAGCACUGUCACAGAAAACAUAUGGCAUUCAUAAAAUGCAAGGCGGCCUGGCUGGGAAGAAUCUUGGAAUCCUAGGGAGGAGGAGUCAACCCAGAUUCCUCGAAGGAUAAUAGACAGAUGAAGUGCCCCAGAUUCAG